CAGUCGGUGAGCCGCGCUCAUUCUUAGGCGGGACGUUGUGCAGAAAGGUUAAACGUGACCGAGUUAUUCGUAAUAUAUAUCAAAAGCGAUCGUUCGCGAGAGCAGUGCUAUCGGUAUACAAGAGAAUACCUCUUUAGUGGCUUGGUGAAAGGGACACGAGUGUGGUCAAAGCAGAAAUCAUGGCUGACAGUGGUAUCAAGCGUAAUAUUCCCAUCAAGCUGGGUGACUUCAGCGUGAUCGACACCGAAUUUUCCAACAUCCGCGAACGCUUUGACGCCGAGAUGAAAAAGAUGGAGGACGAGAUGUCACGAUUCCGUAGCGAGUUGAUGAAUCGCGAAAGCAACAACUUCUUUAAGAGCACAACCAGUCGACAUCACACGAGCUCCAGCGAACACCGUACAUCGACGACCUCGAAGACCGAAGGUUGGGACAAGGUCGAUCCUGCAGCACCGCCAAAGCGGUCCGCAUUCGACAGCUUCAAAAGCACCACCACGAGCACUCAGAACAGUUCUCUGAGCCCUCAGCACGACUCGGCCUGGUUGGACGGUUUGAACAGCCCUCUGAUCCAGGAUGAAGGCGACAGUAAAAUGUUGAAGCUCCGAUUCGACGUCUCUCAGUACACCCCAGAGGAAAUUGUUGUCAAGACCGUGGACAAUAAACUGUUGGUCCACGCGAAACACGAGGAAAAGACAGAGAGCAAAUCGGUGUACAGAGAGUACAACCGUGAGUUCCUGUUGCCAAAAGGAACCAAUCCAGAGAGCAUCAAGUCUUCGUUGAGCAAGGACGGUGUCCUUACCGUGGAGGCUCCACUUCCGGCAAUUGGAACGGGCGAGAAGCUCAUCCCGAUUGCGCACCAGUAGAAAUCCCAACAAAAUACACGAGAACAAUUUCCUUGAAAUCUCCUUCGAUACUCCAUCAUUCGUGUGCCCUCCGGAUCGCUCUUUCCUGCUCUUUCCCAUCAAUUCCCGUAAGUUCAUUCUUUAUUUUUCUUUUUAUUAAAUCCUUUAUCGCUGUGAAUUUCUAGUUAUUCUCAAUUUCUUUUUCUUCCGAAUUCGCGAUGAUCAAUCGCUUCCUGUUUGAAAAGAAAUUAUUUGAGACGUAAAAUAAAAAUAAAAACAAAGACUAGGUUCACAGCGCGUUCAACGAAGAGAAAUGUUCUUUAGAAUUCUUUCGACCAAUUUUUUCUUUCUCGUGACUUUGCAUAGUACAAGAUGCUGAAAAAGAAAGUACAUCGAAAACAACAAGAAUUCUUUUAUUCUUUUUGAGAAAUUCAACUCCAGCGGAAACGAACGAAUAAACGUUCUAGAAUCUAGAUCGAAUAAGAAAAGGGUUAAUGAAUUUUGAAGUUCACAAAUUAAUCGUUUAUUCGAAUGCUGGCAGGUUGUUCUAAGAGACGCCUAAUUUUGUAUAAAAAUUAAUAUAUAACUAUUUGAUAUGCAGAGUUUUUCUUUUUCGAUUAGCUUUGUCGCUUUGAUACUUCUUUGAGAUACACGUGUUUUUACCAUCGUUUUGGCCAGAAUUUAUGGUCGACGAAAUAUACAAAUAUAUAUAUAUAUAUACACAUAUAUAUGAAGAUUAUAAUCUUAAGACAUAACAGCGGCGCUUGGACGUCGUGAAAAUCGUAAAGAAUCAAAGAUAUUUGAUAAAUAAUUUUCCUUUUUUUUUUCGUAUGACCAGCUUCGGUACUUUUCUUUUUUUCAAACAUGACAAAAAUUUUUUCCAGAAACACGCAUUGCCUUUGAUGUUGUUUCGUGAAAAAUACGAAUAAAAAAAAAAUAUAUAUCCUUUCUGUAAAACGGUAAUUUAUGUAUGUGUUAGUUUUAGGUGUACUACAUUAAAAGACUAUAACACGUGAAUGCUUAGAGUAUGUGAGCAUAUUGUAAUAAUUAUUAUCAUGAUAAUUAUUAUUUAUGAAUAUUUUACUAUUGUCGAGAUACGUAUGUUUAAAAAGGUAAUGCGAAACAAUGUGGAAGUUUAAAUAAAAAUAAACUAUAAAAGAUCGGUU